AUGGGUUGCGAUAUUGAACGGUUCGUGGAACAGUGUGGAGUUUGCAAUAGGCAUAGCCACAGCAACGUGAAAGAGCCAAUGAUAAUCAAGGAAGUUCCAGAAUACCCGUUCCAAAUUGUGGGCUCAGACAUAUUCCAUUUCAAUGGCGCAAAUUACAUAGUUAUCAUUGAUAGCUAUUCUGGAUGGAUCGACUUCAAAAAACUAAGAUCGUUGGAAUCUUCGGAAGUGAUCGAACAUCUGCAAUCAUGGUUCGCUGUUUGGGGGACGCCUGAAGAAUUUAACAGCGAUAACGCCAAACAAUACACCUCGCAGCUAUUCAAGAACUUUUCGGCAAAGUGGAAGUUUAAACACAUAACUUCUAGUCCUUACCACCCUCAAAGCAAUGGGUUAAGUGAGCGUGCUGUACAGAUAGCGAAAAAUAUUCUGAAAAAGUGUCAUGAAGACAACAGCUCAGUGCAGUUAGCGUUUCUUAACUAUCGCAAUAUUCCACGAAACUUGAAACUCCAAUCUCCAAAUCUACGACUGAUGAGCCGAAUCACCAACUCACCUCUACCGGUUGCUAGUCACAAACUCAAACCAAGGGUGAUAGAAGACGUCAAACAGAGUUUGGAAGCGGAACGAUGUAAACAGAAGGCCUAUUACGAUCGUUCAGCUCACGUUCGUCAACCCCUCGAAAUAAAUGAUCGCGUGCAGUUGCAGAAUCUUCUCACGAACACCUGUGAAUCUGGACGAGUAAUCGCAAGGUCAGAUACGCCGAGGUCGGUCCUCGUCGAAAAUGAUCAAGGAGACAUUUACCGCAGAAACACAAAGCACGUGAAAAAAUCAAGUACACUUAUCAACGCUCAGCCCGAUGUCAGUUGUGACGUUCCUGUUACCCCAGAGGCAAGACAGGUUGAAAUUGGUCUAGGAGAGCAACGACAGCAGUAUCAGUUCGGCGAGAAAACUCAACUAGCGGAGAUGGAAGCAGCCAGAGGUCAGAACAACACAGAUCACUUGCCGCAAACCAUAACAAGAUCUGGCAGAUUGGUGAAACCGAUUGAACGACUAAACUUAUAA